AUGUCGACACAGACCAUGCGACGCAACUUUACCGAGCAGGAAGACAUCAUGCUACUGCGCCAGGUAUCGCUUGAAAUGCCCUUCCAGGCGCGCCGUGGCCAAGUUAUGGAACGGUGGGCAGACGUCGCAUCGGCGCUGCUGGGUUCGGGCGAGUUCACCCGGGACGACAUCGACGCCAAACGUGCAUGCAAUCGCUUCAUGCUGUUGUUGGACGGCCACCACAGAAUCAACAAGGAGUCCCAAUGCGCAUCUGGUGUGUCCGACGAAGUCGGAGAGAAGACGAAUUUUCUGGACGACUUGAUGGUUGCGUACGACGACACCAAAAUGGUCGAGGCUCAGCGGGCGGACGAAACCCGAGAGGCUGCUGACCAUGCCGAAGCAAUGGGGAGCUUUAUAAGAGCCGAGGCCAUGAAGUCCAUGGGGAAGCGGAAGCGUGAGAGGGACGAGGAAGAUAGUGGUGCUGGUGGAGGUAAAUUCAUGAGAGUAUCUGCCCUCAUGCAUGAACAAGCCAAGGCAGAACUUGAAUUUCAGAAGGAGAAAUUCGACAAAGAAUACGAAGAACGACGCAAAGACCGCGAGAUCAUGGCGGAGCAUAUGCGCCAGCAACAAGAAUCAAUGAACACGUUGAUCAGGAUGAUGAUAAAUAAAUCAUAA